UAAUGUUAAGUGUGACGAGGCAAACGGAACAGCUUACGUGGACCGCAUGAGAUUUCCACGUGGACAAUAAUUAAAAAAAAGACACAAAAUCAGAACCACUCAUUUUUACCCACCCACCUUUUGUUCUCUCUUUCCUCUUUCCUUAUCGUCUUCAUCGAACCCCCCCUAUUCUCCACGAAGGCGACGUUCUUCCUCCGACGAACCCCAUACCCCCCGCUUUUCCUUCCUCCAUUGAUCGAGCUGAACCUACCGCCUCCUUCCUCGAGAAACACAUACAGAGGAUGGGUUGACAUCGAGCCCUUCUUCUCCAAUUUGAAACCUUUCUAUUUCUUCCCUGAGUUCCGCCGCACCCAUGCAUUGCCCCACACCCAUUCGCUCUGCAGUCAGCACCAUCCAUUCCCCAACACCUAUCCAUCCGGCCAUCGCUCCAUCCAUCUCUUCGAUUGCUCCAUUCGAUUGGUCGGGAGUCAACGAGAUUGAAUCAAAGCAAUCCCUAAAAUUACCCAUUUUCGCAGGGCCAAAAUUGAUUGGCUUCCCCUGCAAGCUGAACUCCAAUGCGACUACCGAAAAUUUCUUCUUCGUUGGAAUCACCAACUCGGGUCAUCAACAACUUCGUCGGGUCCCUCGUCACCGCCGCCAACGUCGAGAAGGUCCUCGGUCGUCGAGUGAGGUACAUGGAAUGGCAUGGCAGAGAGUUUCAGGCGAAGGGGAAAGACAUCAGCAGCGGGAGGCGACUAGAGUGAGUGAAUCCAAAUUUGUUGAAGGGAAUGAUUGGGUGGGCGUCGGAUCGGACCUCCGAGAAGCGAAUCUCGGCAGAGGAAAUGGAGAAGAGGAGGGUGAGGAGGAGAGGGAAGAUAAGGAAUCAAACUAUUGAUCUAGAGAGAGAUUUAGAGAGCUCAGUGGAGGAGUAAUCGGACCUCCCAAGAGAUUUGGUGGUUCGCACAAUGGUGAAGAAGAGUGCUAGUCCACGACGUCGGUUGGAGAACAGGGGAAGAAGAAGCACAUCAGGCAGGGAGUUAAAUUCUCAAUGGGUUUUUUUUAUUAAUAUAUUAUUAAUAGGUUAUUUUUUUAAUUUAUGAUGUGUAAUUAUUAAAUAAAUUUAAAUUAUUGACGUGUCACUUUUUGCUUAUUUGGCGUUGACGUGUCAGAUGAGUUGGCACCUAGUCAGCGAACCGUCAAAGAAGUUGACGGUGUUACUAACACCGUUAA